UAGAUCCGAUUCCGAGCUCCCACCACAAGUCAGAAUCGAUUGGUCCGUUUUCAUCGAUUUCCAAUAGCUCCUUUUGUUGCGGACUAACCUUGUGUUUUUUUUGCCACAUCAAACGAGCACGUGGCUCGGAUCCUGGCGCCCACACCAGUGUGCCGCUGGCAAUGCAACGAACGGCAUCGAAAGGUACGGUCCAGAGCCCGGUCUGUCUGGUGCAGGGCCGGGCACGGAUCGUCGACGAUGCUGCCCCGCUGCACUACGUGGGCCACUGGGACGGCCUGGGGCGGGCGACGCUAUCGAACAACGGUCAGUCCGCCGUGGUAAGCUUUGAGAACCCUGCCAGUAGUCCGUCGAAUCCUCAUCUACCUCCCCCUUUUCCCGCGAAGCUAACGCUGAGCGAGCGUCCCUUCCGGCCGUUCCUGGUCGGGGGCCCGCUCGGCAGCGCGUACCUGUUCGAGCAGCUCCACUUCCACUGGGGCCCGGACGAUGCGGUGGGCAGCGAGCAUCUGCUCGACGGUCGGGCCCACUCGAUGGAGGCUCACCUCGUCCACUACAACGCCCGGUACGGCAGCUUCGGCGCGGCGCUGGCCCACCCGGACGGGCUGGCGGUCGUGGCGCUGUGGCUCGAUGGCGGUGGUAGCGCCGUGUGGCGCCCGCUGCAGCCGAUCGUGCGCGCGCUGCGCCACAUCCGGCGGCCGGGCACGCGGACCACCGCCCUACCCGCCGACUGUUUGCGCUGGCUGGCCGCCGGGCUGGAGCUCGGGCGGCAUUACUACACGUACGACGGGUCGAUGACGACGGCCCCGUACCGGGAGUGCGUCCGCUGGCUCAUCUACCGCACGCCGGUCUACGUUUCCCCCCGGCAGACUGCCGCCUUUCGCCGGCUGCUGCGCCGCUGUCCGGCCCGACCCGGCGGCGAUCGUUUCGCUCCGAUCACCAGCAAUUUCCGCCCGGUCCAGCGAUCGGCCGCCGGUGGCGAUCCGCUCGGCUUGGUCUUUGUGCGGGACAGUGUGGGCGCGGCCCGGCGCGCCAAACUUUAGUUCGGAGCAGGUGUAUCAAUUGGCAUGCUUUGUACGUUUUGUAUGUUUUGCUCCAUUUCUUUUUAUUAUUUUAUUGUCGCUUCAAAUUAUAAUUGGAUGUGUAGGUGGUGUGCGAACAUGAUUAAGUAUAAGCUUGGAGCGAACUUCAGUUAGUUUCAGGAAAAUUAGAGAGAAAAAAUGAUUUU